UGUGCGCGUCAGUUCGCUUGUUGCUGUGGUGCAGGCUGGAGCGAUGAUAUCGCGGAGCUGAGAGCGUGAACAGCGAAGCAGGAACGGCCGUAGGUUGUGUUGUUGUUGUGAUUGGUUCGUCUUGGAAGACGUCGUGUAAUCGGGAUUGUAAAACGCAAAGGGAGCCCGGGGGUGAAUCUCUGCGAGAGAUGCCUCUCCCCUAUCUACCUCAAGACUAUAACCGGAGGCCGCUGUGUUAGGAACUAACUGAGACAUUGAUUCGACGUGAGCGAGGAAGCUGGAGGUGCCGGUGGAAUCACGGUGCGACGAGACAUCAUCGAAGUAUGGUGAAUAUGGAAGCUUCAAGCGAACAACACACGGUAACAGCCUCACCGCCGCCUCCGCGAGCUGCCCUGAAGAGCAACUUCAGUAUCCGCAGUAUCUUGCCCGAGGCCUGCGCACCGUUGCCGUCGGCCAGCGACUCGGCCUCCCCUGAGGUGAGCCAGGCGGACGACCGAGCCGACGACAGCGACGACUGCAGCGACCUGGACGUGAUCGGAGUCGGCGGCACCGAGACCCCGCCGUUGGAUUGCUCGAGGAACGCCACUUCGGUCAGCCCGUCGAGUCAGAAGGACCCGAAGGAGCAGAGCGAGGACAAGAAGAAGUCGGAGAAACCCCGGUACAGCUACAACGCGCUGAUCAUGAUGGCGAUCCAGCAGAGCCCGGAGAAACGGCUCACCCUGAACGGUAUUUACGAGUACAUAAUGCGCCACUUUCCCUAUUACGAGAAUAACAAGCAAGGCUGGCAGAACUCCAUACGGCACAAUCUCUCGUUAAACAAGUGUUUCAUCAAAGUGCCCCGCCACUACGACGACCCGGGCAAAGGCAACUACUGGAUGCUCGACCCCAGCUCGGAGGACGUGUUCAUCGGCGGCACGACCGGUAAGCUCCGGCGCAGGACGACGGCGGCCUCGAGGUCUCGUCUGGCCGCGAAACGGUGCGCCGCGUUCCCCGGACUUUAUCCGGCGGCAUACGCCUCGCCGGUAUGGUCCUCCACGAUAUACGCCAUGCCGUACAUACAUCGGCCGCCGUAUCCACCGGGCACCGCCGCCUACGCCACCCCGACCGGCUAUCCCGCUAGUUUAUUGCCCGGCGCGGCCACCACGUCGACCACCGGUCUGCCUUGCAGGCCGCAACCUCUCCCGGCGACGGCGGCACCGCCGGCUCACGGGACCUUCACCGUCGACAGACUGCUGCAGGGCACGCCGUCGGGCUACAGCCCGAAUUUCCCCGGACACGGGAUACAGCCCGCUUACGACUUCUACGCCACCCUGAGGAACCUCUCGCAGCUGCACCCGGCGUUCGGCCUCCAGCACAGGUACCUCGGCCAAGCGCCGUUGCUGACUCAGUCCGCCUCGACCACCGCCUCGCCCGGCAGCAGUCCGGAGCCGAUGCCGACGCAUUCGCCGCCGGUCACUGUCUGCAAUUCCGUCCAGCCGACGAGGCCGCUGCCACACAGCACGGCGCAAGUACUCUUAAAGCCUAUCACCGUUCUCACCGGUCGGCCGGGUUGAAACGACCAGGUUGAGCCCUAGAAACUGUAUCUGAGAAGCCGCGCGCGGGUUCUGCAGACGUAACCGGGCACUGGAAAGUGCGCCGAUCGGUGCUUUCUGAUCGAGUACCAGCACUUUCACCGGUAUUCUCCCUAGCGGCGUGAGGAAACACACAGGAGGCAGAUGUUUCUUAUCUUUUUCGCUGCUCCACGUCGUGCCCAAAGCUCAUCGAAGGACACUUCCAUGUUCCGAAAGAACGUUUUCGUUAAUUUAUUGUCUCUGCUCCGGCAGGACCGUUUUCUCUCUCGUGUUCUUUCCUCGGUUCCGCCUUUGUGUCCCCUCUUCUUUGUACCCUUAUAUGUGAAUAAUAUGGAAUAUUACUUCAACUAUAAGCAAAGAAUUGGAUUUGUAAUCAGGUUUUUCCAAGUUCGAGUCACUGUAUAAUUGGUUCGUUCGGUGUACAUCAUGUUGAUAUUCAUCGCGUAUCGAUUGCUCGCAAGUUUCCAUUUCACUUUUCCAGUAAGUAAUGUUUUUAAACGCUGUAAGGGUACAUUGUAAGUAUGAACUGUAAACUACAUAAGAAUUUGGUCACGAAUCACUUGGCAAAUACCAGGGCCACGAGCUUGUACAAUUAUUUUCACAAACGACUAAUCGCGCUUGAAAAUUCGCGUAACGUAAAUGUUAAAUAGUAAACGUUCAAUCGAAGUAUCUGUCAUCAGUACACGCUACUUUCUGCCACCUUUCUUUGGAUUCAAUAAAAAAAAUGUACUAAAUAUAAAUAUAGUAUAUUUAAUUUAUAUAUCGGGGAAAAGAACCCGGCGGAAAAAAUCCAUUGAAUUCAAAAAAAUAAUAAUUUUCUUCGUGUAGGAUAUACAUCCCUUCGUGAGGACGAUGAUGUAAUUGCAAGAAGAAGGGAAAAAGACUUUUCUUGGAAGUAAUGUAUUUUUUCAAGUAAGGCUUUUUCCGAAGAUGGGGGUACCAAAGAAGCGUAUGUAAAUUCUGCUGUAAUAUAUCGCAUGGAUCUAAGAUUCACAGCACAAUUAUGGCAGCGACUAUAUUUGGCGUGUGAUGCUACGACAUAAUAUUGUUGCGCUCGCCGAAAAAGAUUGCCCCGAUAUCGAUAUUAUAUCAUAUAAUAUUAGUAAUUGCGUUCGUUCCUUGUAUCGAUUCGUUCCGGUGUGUACAGAGUGUCUGACAAUUAUUGACACUACGCUCGUGUGCAGGUAAAGCGCAUCAAACUGAACGGGAAAGUCUUCUACCAUUUUGUAAAUAUCGUAACGGAUAUUAAGAAAUUAAUUAAAGAUUAAAGAAUAAAGGAAUUAAUAACGAUUAAGAAGCGAAUAAAGCUAGCUGAGCUAGUAAAGCUGAUAUUAUUUCAUAUUCUUUAAUAAUAUUAUUUAAAAUAUGCAAGUAGAAAAUUUUUCCGUUCAGUUUGAUACACUCCACCCGCAUCACGAACUUCGUGUCAUUAAUCGUCGAGUAUCCUAUAUUUACUCAUCGCGCAUUGUUUUUAAUGUUAAUCUUUAUGUAAAUAUAAUAUUAAGCUGAAAUAUCAUCUAAAAUUUCACAAUAAGGUGUAUAAUUUGUAAAUAUGAAAGUUUGAAGGAAUAUACGAAACAAGCAAAGUGAUUGUGAUUCGGUCGCACAAGAAAGUAUGUAUACGUUGAAGAUUGUAGCGAAUGCGGACUGGUGAUGGAGUCUUAUAUUUAUUAUCUAUGAUAAUAUAAGGAUAAUAAUACAUGAUAAUAAAUAGGAGAGAUAAUAGCAGUAAGAUUAUAACGUUCGGCGUUGUAAAUAGAUACGAGCCGAUAUUCUUACGUGCUGAUGAUCACCGCCGAAUUUAUUAUUCUAGAAACGGUUAAAUCAAUUUCCGGUCAUUAAUAAUGUUAGCAACUUUAAUAAUUUAAUCUUCACAUUGCAAACAGGUUAAUACUAUGAAAGGUAUCACCGUAUAUUUACUCCAUUCUGAAAUUAUUUAUUCAGGUAAAAUUGAAAAGAGAUACGUGAUUCGUGUGUCUUUAUUUGUAAAACGUUGGACAUUACAUCAUACGUUAAUAAUAAUUAUAUUAUUAUAAUCAAUUCAAUAUGUAUUAUAUUAUAAUCUUGAUAAUACGUAAUACAUCUACAGCCCGCGACCGCUAAACGCUUAACGAUUUAGCUCUUCGAGUGAGCCUUGAGAUUGUGAUCCUUUGUGAUGUGUAGUUGUUUCCUUCGAAGCACAGUAGUGUGUAAAUAGGUAGUUAGGUAAAAUUUUAAUUCCUGAUCUCGUAUUGAUGAGUGUAGUAGUAUGUACAGUAUCGGUUGAAUGUUUAUCAGCUAUAGUUGGAUUUAUGACAAAAUCAUGGCGGAUUAUUGUUAAUGACGAUAAAGAUAUGAUGAAUAUUGUAUUAUAUAUCUAUAUAAACACACACACACACACACCUCUAUCUCUCUCUC